AUGUCGAGCUCCCACCAAACCCGGUCGCGUUCGCAGCAACAAACUGCCGAUACUGCGACCCAACCUCGACCUACACCUGCGCCCCCGUCUGAGCCCUCCCUCGAUGAGCUUAGAGACCGGAUUGCGCAGGCAGAAGAGGCAUUGGCCCGACGUGAACUCGAAUCUCGCCUAGAUGCGUUGACCAACCCUCGCACCCGAGCGACCGAAGUGACCGACACGCCCCUAGGGACUAUUCAGGCCCUACGCCUUCAGCCACCUCGGGCGGAUGCGAAGAUCAAGCCAUUCGCAGGGUCGAAUACCCAAGAAUACUACACAUUCGUGAAUCGACUUGAGAGUCACUUCGAACAACACCCCCAGUGGUACGCCUUCGCACCUAAUAAGGUGACUGCUGCGGCCACCUAUCUGUCAGACGAUCGCCACAACCAAUGGCGAGCGCACCUACAGUCCUUCUCGGAACGACCCACCUGGCAGGAUUUCACCGAAUUCUGCUUGCGGCUUGUCAACAACCCCGAGAACAUAUACCGCGAAGCUACCCUUGCGUACAUGCGACGGACCCAGAGGCACAAUCAGUCCGUACGUGCGUUCGCAACCGAGCUAGACACUAUUCACCGGCAGCUACAAUACCCUUAUGAAGAUGAGCAUCGUAAGGAGCAUCUCUGGGCCAAGGUCCUAGAUGUCAUUCGCACCGAAGCUGUCAAAUACCCCAAUGAGCCUGACACUUACGAGGCUUAUAUCGGCCACCUUCACAUGGUCGAGAACCAGCUUCCAGAAAGGCGGAAGCUGCUUCGCACUCAGUCUGAUAUAGUGCGGUCGGAUCAAGAAGCGAGUAUACCCCUUCGGUCCCGUAUCACACGUGACCCGAAGACCUAUUCGCACCAAAAAGAUCACAAAAAACGGAGCGUUGGCGACUCGAACCAGGAGCCUCGCCGUAGCGCAUCCAAGAGAAAAUUCACUCAACCCCCUACACAAUCGGGGGCUGUUUCCUGCUAUCGAUGCGGGAAACCGGUGUUUAGAGCUGCCAAAGCACUAGUAGGGGUUCCUAGAAGGCAGAGCGACCGAGCCUUCGCAUGCGAAGUCUCAAUCCUUACCCAGGAGGGUAGUAAGGACGCAUGGGCGCUAGUCGAUAGCGGAGCAGAGCAAAGCUUCAUUAACCAGCGCUGGGCGAAGGAGCACCUUCUAGGUGAGGAAGUGACACCUUCGCAGGGGUCUGUCACAUUUGACGGACACCCUAUCACUUCCUACGGGAACCGCGAGGUCGACUGCGAAGUUAGGGAUAGCGAUGGGAUCCUGAACUCCCUCGUCAUCCCUUGCGAAUCUGUUGAGAUCGCAGGAUACGACAUUAUCCUCGGACAUGAUUGGCUCGUGCGAGCUAAUCCGGACAUCAACUGGGCCGAGGAUACGUGGAAAUGGCGGCCACCAACUGGCCGAAGGGGAGACAAGAUAACUGCAGCGGCUUGCUAUCGAGAAAUCCUCGCAGGGGCCACGAUGCUGGUGGUGAGACGGCCACCCUGCGCUGCUCGCUACGGCGGCCGGUACGGGGGAUGCCUUCCCGGAAACCUACAGGAGUAUGAGGACGUCUUCGAUGCGUCCCAGGCGGCUAGGUUGCCUGAGAACUCUGCGCAUGAUCAUCCAAUCGAUCUUCAGCCGGAUUCGCAGCCACCUUACCGCCCAAUUUAUUCAUUAUCGGCAAAGGAAUUGGAGACCCUUAGGGAAUAUAUCGAUGAUGCGACCCAAAAGGGCUGGAUCAGACCCUCACAGAGUCCGGCGGGCGCACCCAUCAUAUUUGUCCCUAAGAAAGACGGUUCCUUGCGCCUUUGUGUCGAUUAUCGGGGUCUCAAUGAGAUCACGAUCAAGAAUCGAUACCCCUUACCAUUAAUUGGUGAGACCAUGGACCGGUUAUCGGGUGCGGUGAUCUACACCCAGCUUGACAUCCAGGACGCCUAUCAUAGGAUUCGCAUUCGCAAGGGGGAUGAGUGGAAAACCGCGUUUCGCACCCGAUACGGUCACUUUGAAUACACGGUCAUGCCAUUUGGGCUGGCUAAUGCGCCUGCGACGUUCCAGUCAUAUAUCAACCGCGCAUUGAGCGAUCUGCUCGAUAUCUGUUGCGUUGUCUAUUUAGACGACAUUUUGAUUUACUCCCAGAGUGAGGAGGAGCAUAUCCUUCAUGUGAAGAAGGUUCUGGACAGGCUGCGCACGUAUCGACUGUACGCGAAGCGCACACCCUUGACGGCCACCACGAAAGGCCAGGGUAGCACUAAGAAGCGUGCGAAUCGCAAUAAGGCUACUUUCACUCUUACCCCGGAAGCACGGAAGGCUUUCGAAGAGCUCAAACGCCGCUUCACGGAACCACCGGUGCUAGCCCAUUUCGAUCCUGCGAAGCCAAUUCGCGUUGAACCUGAUGCCUCAGGUUACGCAGUCGCAGGGAUCGCUAGCCAGCAAGACCAGGAGGGUCGCUGGCACCCAAUUGCUUUUUGGUCAAGGAAAAUGAUUGAUGCGGAGACCCGCUAUGAGACGCAUGAUGCAGAAUUGCUUGCGAUUGUCGAAUCCUUUAAGCAUUGGAGACAUUACCUCGAAGGGAGCAUCUACCCAGUGGUGGUGCUUUCCGACCACGCUAACCUGCGCUACUUCAUGUCGACCAAGGACCUUAGUAGGCGUCAGGCUAGGUGGGCUGAAAAGUUAGCUGCGUUCGAUUUUGUAAUCGAGCAUCGCCCGGGUGUGAAGAACCCCGCCGAUGCGCCUAGCAGGAGACCCGAUUACGCACCCAAGGACGGGGAAUUCAGGAAGAAUUCGCUUUUACCCACACUUCAAGAUAAGCUGCGAAUCACAAUGGGUAUAACAGAGUCAAACAGCGGCCAGUUAGCAGAGGCUGUACGUACUCAAGGGCAAGAGGCCCUCGCAGGAUGGUCCUGCAAGCGAUCUAGUGUAGAUCAGAUGGAGUCAGGCAGCAUAGUUGCACGUACUCCAGGGCAAGAGGCCCUCGCAGGAUGGUCCUGCAAGCGAUCUAUAAUAGAUCGGACGGGAAAUGCUGUUCGGCAGCCUCUCUCCCUUGAGAAAGCAGGAGGAUCCUGCGAAAGGUCUAAUUUAGACCAAAGCGAUGUGAGUGUCGCGCCAGCGCCGGGGUUAGGUGGUAUCCCAACGAAGUCCAGUGCUACCGGACCGGUGGCUGAGAAUAUAUGGGAUUCCGAGGAACCCAUAGUGAGAGCGCAGGGAUGGCGAGACAGUUCCGAAGGACCGCGAACUCUCUCCCCUACGCUGGGGACCGGUACUAUUGCGUGCCGGGGCCUCGCAGGCUUAAAUGGUGAUUGGCCAAGUCCUGUAAUCGGUGGGAGUGCCGAUAGUGCCUGCGAAGAUAUCAAAGAUAUAGCAGAUGAGUACCAUGCCGAUGGCGAUACAGGGAUUCUAGACCCCCUGGUGCCACGCCUCCUUGCGCGGGUAGCAAUGGAUGGUGAGACAGCAUACUCGCACACAUUACCAACUUCUAUGGUGGAGAUUGUCAAGUAUGCGCAGGGAAGGGAUCCUAAAGCGCUAGAUAUCUCUCGCCAACUAAUAGAGGGGAAUAAUGGUGCGAGGCUGAAUGGUACGCCCUGGAGUAAGACAUCAGAUGGUCUACUUAGGUUUGAUGAUCGCGUAUACGUCCCUUCAGCGACUGAGCUGAAAGAGGAGAUACUGCGAACGCACCACGAUGAUCCUCAGGGAGGACAUUACCGGGUGAAGCGCACCCUAGAUGCGGUGCGUAGACGAUUCUAUUGGCCUGGACUCACCCAAUAUGUCAAGGAAUACGUCGAAGACUGCGAGAAUUGCCAAAGGAAUUUGGUUCGCAGGCAUAAGCCGUACGGGCUAUUGCAACCUUUGCCUGUGCCUGAACGGCCAGCGCAGUGGGUCAGUUUGGACUUUAUUACUGGCCUACCACCCUCUUCGUGGAGAGGAAGGGUCUAUGAUGCGAUCCUAGUGAUAGUGGAGAUGUUCACUAAGUAUUCCUUUUACCUGCCGUGCACUAAGGAUAUUGACGCACCCGAUUUAGCGGAAUUGCUCUACGAGCGCAUCAUCCCUAUUAUGGGGAUGCCCGAGAACCUCGUCAGCGAUCGAGGCAGCCUUUUCACCAGUCAAUUCUGGUCCACGUUUUGCUACUGCCUCGCAGUGAGAAGACGUCUCUCUACAGCCUACCACCCUCAAACAGACGGUCAGACUGAGCGUCAAAAUCAGACGCUAGAGUAUUUCCUCCGCUCCUACGUCAAUUGGGAACAGGACGACUGGGUGCGAUGGCUCCCAAUGGCUCAGUUCGCAUAUAACCAGACUCCUCACAGUGCGUCCGGUGUCUCCCCGUUCCAGGCACUACUCGGGUUCAAGCCAGACCUCCGAGCUAGCGUGAAUGAGCUUCCGCAAGAGCAUCACCGGGACGCAGUGAGUCGGAUACAGGAUAUCCAAGAGAUGCGACACUUUCUCCAUGAGAAGCUAGUUAAGGCGAAAGACGCAAUGAAGCGCCAUUACGACAAGAAUCACCUUGAGAAGGUGUUUAGGGUUGGAGACCUAGUCUACGUGCGAUCCAAGCAUAUUGAGACGGGUCGCCCUAGCAAGAAAUUGGAUGCAAAGAUGAUUGGCCCCUUCGCUAUCAUCGAGAAAUUCGGCUCGCAGUCAUACAAAUUGAGACUACCGCCGCUCCUCCGCCAUAUUCAUCCGACAUUCCAUGUCUCUAUGUUAGAGGAGCAUCAUGGAAACGCUUCGCAGGAGGGUCCUGCACCCAUCAUUGUGGAUGGUCAACCCGAAUACAAGGUUGAGCGCAUCCUUUCCCACAAGGGGACCAAGCCUCGCAUGUACCGGGUUAAAUGGGAAGGCUACGGUGAUAUAGAAGCAACAUGGGAGCCUCGAGAGAACCUGGAGCAAUUACAGGCGCUACAGGAAUACGAAGAAAAGCUACAGUGCGAACCUGAAAGGACUUCAAAGCGCCAGAGGCGCGCGGGAAACAAAUCUUGA